GUACACCGAACCUCUCAGGCCCUGCGGCUUCGGCCUGGGGGUCGCUACUGACGAGAAUCACGCGAUUGAGCGAGCGUCUUCCCCGCACCAUGUUGUCGAAUGCAGUCCGCAGCCCCGGAUGAACUGAUAUUGGGCAGCCUCCAAGUCAUGAGCGCUCAGGAGACGGAUCAAUGAAACAAGGUAUCUGCAGAAGCGGCAGGUCAAUAGGUCAGGAUGCCGUAGAGCAAAGCGAUGUAUAAGUAGAGUUGGACGCCACACAAGCUUCUGAGAUCAUGCGCAACGUUCUUGUGCUGCCCGCCGUUCUUUUUGGAAAAAGCUUGUUUGCAUCUGAGUUCCUUCACGAGCUGCCUGCUAGGUUUCAGACCAAUACGUCGAACUGGGCCUGGGUCUCUUACGAUUCGCCGUCUGUUGCUGUAAUCCCGGGCUCAUUCAAUCGAUCGGUGUUUGAUGCUCCACACAAAAGCGAAGUCUCUGAUGAUGGCAUUGCUCAAGCAUUUGCUUACUUGAACGAAACGGAUUUCAUCGCCUAUGAUCCACGCUUCUUCGACAUCAUUGGACCGGACGCAAAAGUCGAGCAUGUCCAACAUCUGGCAUACCAGUCACACGAAGCACCUUGCUACAACCCUACGACAGGCAACUUAUUCUUCGUCGAGUGGGGCCCACCGGGUGGAGUUAAUGGCACGCAUAACUGGCAGUAUAUGUUGAAUACACGCAACAAUAGGCUCCAAAAGCUGCAGACGGAUCCACCCACAUACAAUGCUCAUGGAUGCGUUAUCUACGGGGAGAAUAUGUAUGUCGUGACAGACGGAUACGAGGAUAAGGAGACCGGACAAUUAGUCAAGAUCGAUCCAAAGACCUGGAAGAAAAAAACGAUAUUAAACAACUACUACGGUCAGACAUUCCUGGGGUUCAACGACUUGGACAUCGACAGUGACGGGAACUUUUGGCUCACUGACUCGAAGAGCGCUUAUGGCCGAGACUUGAUAGAUUUCUACUACCCAACGAACCCCACUGUGUAUUUUGUCAACGGCACCACAAUGCGUCCGAAGCCAGUCCAUAUCACCACCGGCAACGCAAAUGGCAUCGCCGUAGCCCGGUCCUCGUCGAACCCCAACACCCACACAGUCUACAUAUCAGACACAGGAGUCUCAGAGUUCAAGCCUAAAUCUCUCAAGAACCCAUACGGAAAUCGCGCAUUGUUCGCCUAUGACACUCCACAUGGAGGUGUACUUGCCAAUCCGAGGUUUCUGAAUAACCCUAUCAGCUACUUCUACGACGGUAUUCGGGCCAGUAAGAACGGUUAUCUGUUUGCAGGUGCGGGAGAUGGAGUAGAUGUGAUCGAUCCCACCAGUGGCUUAACUCUCGGUACUAUCAGAGUCGGUGGUGGCGAGAACCUUGCUGUCAGCGUAGCCUUCGGUGAGCAUGAGAUGUGGAUUGUAGGACGGGGCGGCGUCUGGCAUGUUGGUAACAUCAAGGAGCCAUUGGCUCGAGAUUGGUGAUUGGCCCGAAUUUAGAUGUUGCGAAUUGCAGUGUGCUUAGACUUCACAAAAGCGAAG